AAUAAAUAAGGCACCAACUGAUACUAGAGACUAGAGAGUCUAUAAUAAUUAAUUUUGGUAAUCUAUCGUUUUAGCAACAUUCAGAUAGAAAUGUCCAGCUUCAAGAAAGGUCGUCAGCUCGCUGGUAGAGGAAACGAACAUGCUAAUUUAACUGACCAGUCCAACUUGUUAACAGAUAGUAUACACCCGUCAAUACUAAAACAAGCUCGCAAGUCUGGGGUUCUGAAUUUAAGUCAGAGAGGAUUAAGUAAAGUGCCAGAGAGUGUCUGGAACAUCCAAGAAUUUAUACCAGAGGAAUCCAAGAGUGUGUCCCUGGAUAACACGGAUGAGAAGUGGUGGGAAUCUGUGGAUCUCACAAAGCUAAUCCUGGCAUCCAAUCGGCUGUCUAGUCUUGAGGAUGGUAUAGCAAACCUUACCGCCCUGACUGUUUUAGAUCUCCAUGAUAAUGCUCUAACAAGUUUACCCAAGGCCAUUAAAGUUCUGGAGAAUCUACAAAAACUUAACAUCAGCCGAAACCAGUUGAAAGAGAUUCCCAGCGAAGUGGGCUGCUUGCUAAAUCUGACCACUCUCCAGCUAGAAAACAAUCAACUCACCACACUCUGUGAAGAUAUCUGCAACCUUAAAAGUCUGGACUUUUUGGACCUGUCCCAUAAUGAGAUCAAAAGUUUACCUGACUACAUGUGCAUGCUGUCACAGCUGAGAGACCUGAACAUCUCCAACAACAGACUCACCCACCUGCCCCCUGGGAUAGGGGCUUUAACAGCGCUGCGUCGUUUUGAUGCCACACACAACCAGCUUGUGAACCUCCCUGAAGAGUUUGGGAACCUCUUACACCUGGAGCAGCUCCACAUACGGCACAACCAGCUCCAGUACCUGCCCUGUCUCAGGCACUGCACUAAUCUAAAGGAAAUUUUAGCCGGCAACAACAACAUCCGCGGCCUGACAGAAGACCACCUGCAGCACCUGUCAGCUCUCACCUGCCUGGAUCUCAGGGACAACAAAAUUGCCAAAAUACCGGAGAAGAUUACGUUGUUGAAGAAGUUGGAGAGGCUGGACCUCACAAACAACGACAUCAGCGUGCUACCCUUUGAGAUGGGGACCAUGACAAAUCUGAAAGCCAUUAUCCUGGAGGGUAAUCCCAUGAGGUCUGUCAGAAGAGACAUCAUUAUGAGAGGUACUAUGGAACUGAAGAAAUACCUGCUUAGUCGAAUGACCGAUGAAGAAUCAGACAAGAGCCAAUGUAGUGAAGUGUCCAGUACCAAUGUUGGCUUGCCUGGGGCUGAGAAGGAGAUGAUCAGACCACACGAUCUGCAUCAGAUGAAGUCUUUAGACUACAGCCAGAAAAAGGUUCCCAGUAUACCUGAUGAGGUUAUGGUAGCUGCAGUAGAGGCAGGCAUACGUGUCAUUAACCUCAGCAAAAAUCUCUUCACAGAUGUCCCUCAGAACCUGUCCCUCCUGUCCUCUACACUAACUGAGCUGAACCUGGGCACCAACAAGCUGGUGCAGGUCUCUCCUGUCAUUGCUGGCCUACACAAGCUACAGUUCUUAGACCUCAGGAAUAAUCAGUUGAGUAGUCUCCCCUCUGAGCUGUCUACACUUUCACAUCUACGUGAGCUAGUGCUGUCUAACAACAGGUUCCAAGAGUUGCCGCCAGUUGUGUUCCAGCUGUCUAACCUGGAGAUUCUGUUUGCCAAUGACAACAAGAUCUCCCAACUUGACCACGCAGGCUUCAGCCAACUGACCAAGCUGUCCACGCUUGACCUGCAGAACAACGACAUCACCCAGGUCCCCCCACAGCUGGGCAACUGCACCUGGCUCAAGUCUGUCUUGCUAACUGGUAACCCGCUGCGCAACCCAAGGUCAGCCAUCUUGGCAAAAGGAACCAACGCCCUGCUUGAGUAUUUACGUAGUCGCAUACAAGAGAACUAGUAAUUAAUUUUUUGUUUGCGUUUUAUACGGUUUUUUUAUACCAAGCUUUGAUUAGCACAAAACUAGCAUAUCAUCAUCAAAAGCUAAUGUGAUACAAAUCUUUAAAAUGUCAAUUAUAACAAGUGACAAUAAAUGAUUUAUAAACAAAUAAAUAUUU